UUGGCGGAAGUAUUUGAUGCUUCUGUCUUGUAGUUCAUUUAAAGCUCCAUGUGGCUGUAAUUGUCACGCUUAAGUCAGUGUCUGUGUUAAGUCUGUGUUUUAAAACCACCAAAAUGGGUAAAAAAGGUAAAAAAGAAAAGAAAGUGAAAGGAGCGGAGAAAACCGCCGCUAAAAUGGAGAAGAAGGUGUCAAAAAGAUCAAAAAGAGAAGAGGAGGAUUUAGAGGCUUUAAUUGCAGAAUUUCAGUCUCUGGAUGCCAAAAAGACGCAGGUGGUGGAGACGCCGUGUCCCUCUCCGUCCCCCAGGUUGAAUGCUUCUCUAUGUGCGCAUCCCGAAAAAGACGAGCUGAUUUUAUUCGGAGGAGAAUUUUUCAAUGGGAAGAAAACAUUUCUAUACAAUGAAUUAUUCUUCUACAACAUUAAGAAAAACACCUGGGUAAAGGUGGAGAUCCCAAACCCUCCUCCACGACGCUGCGCUCAGCAGGCUGUGGUAGUUCCCCAGGGUGGAGGGCAGAUGUGGAUAUUUGGAGGGGAGUUUGCGUCCCCUGACGGUGAGCAGUUCUAUCACUACAAAGAUCUGUGGGUGCUCCACCUGGGGACACGCACAUGGGAGCAAAUCAAAGCUCCUGGUGCUCCGUCUGGCAGGAGCGGACAUCGCAUGGUCCUGAGCAAACGACAGCUGCUUGUGUUUGGAGGUUUCCAUGAGAGCACCAGGGAUUAUAUCUAUUACAAUGAUAUUCAUGCUUUUAACCUGGACACGUUCACAUGGAGCCGUCUCCAGCCCACAGGAACUGGCCCCUGUCCCCGUUCAGCCUGUCAAAUGACCACCAGUCCCGACGGCAAUGGUGUCAUCAUCUAUGGCGGAUACUCCAAAAGUAGAGCGAAGAAGGAUGUGGAUAAAGGAACCAUCCAUUCUGACAUGUUCCUGCUGAGGAGGGAAGGCAAAGAGGAGCAAGAAAAGUGGACAUGGACACGAGUGAACCCUUCGGGAGUCAAACCCCCUCCUCGAUCUGGCUUCUCUCUGGCGGUGGGCCCCGGGGGCCGGGCGCUGCUCUUCGGUGGCGUCUGUGAUGAGGAAGAUGAGGAGUCUCUGGAAGGAGACUUUUUUAACGACCUUUACUUUUAUGAUAUCAACAAAAACCGGUGGUUUCCUGCUCAGCUAAAGGGCAACAAGUCAGAAAAGAAGAAGAGGCGCCGUGGGAAGAAGGGAGAACAGACGAAUGAAACUGAAGGGGAGAAAGAGGAGCCACAAGGUCCCACUGAGAUUAUUAAAGAGAUUGUGGCUGAGGAUGGAACGGUUAUGACCAUCAAGGAAGUGAUUCCAGCCUCACAGGCAGAGGAGGACAGUGAGGAGGAGGAGGAAGAGGAGGAUGGCCAGGAGGAGGAGGAGGCGGCUGCAAUGGCUCCCCUGGUGGAGCCCUGUCCUCGCUCCAGUGCCAUGGCAACGGUGAAGCAUGGCAAGUUGUACUUGUAUGGUGGAAUGUUUGAGGUGGGAGAUCGACAGUUCACACUCGCUGAUCUCUACAGCCUGGACUUGCAUAAGAUGGACCUGUGGGACGUUCUAGUGGAAAUGGACCCCAAGACACAGGAGUGGCUGGAAGAAUCAGAAUCAGAAGAUGAUGAAGGUGAAGAAGAAGCAGCAGCAAAGGGCGGUGAUGAUGAGGAAGAUGAUGAGGAAGAGGAGGAAUCCGAAGAGGAGAGUGAAGAAGAUGCAGACCAUCCUCCGGUAAAGCCUGGGGAAGCGCUUGCGGAUUAUCAAACACGGACUGAGAAGUACUGGGUGGGUCUGGCCCGAGCAAACAUGGGUCCUGACGCCAAAGAGAAGAAAGUACAAAAGGUUGGCCAUGCCAUGGCCAAGGUGUUCUUCGAGGAUCAGGAAUGAGAUUAAACGUGCGUGUCUGUGUGUGCGUGUGUGUGUUUGAGAAGAUAAUUAAAGGGUUUGUUUGUGAGAAAGGGAAUGGAUGCGUUAUUAUACAUAUUAUCAAGCUCUGUGUGUGUCUGAAAGUGCACAAAACAGUACGAGUGCAUGUGUCUUUGAGUUUUAAAAGCAGCUGAAGCACGUUUUUGUGACUUAAAUUUUUAAAAAACAUGGCCUUACUUUUUUCACUAUUUUGUCCACAUGUUUUUAUUAUUAAUAACAGAACCUGAAUCUCAAAGUAGUUUCAUUGCUGGUAUUAGUUCACCCAAAAAUGAGAAUUCUGUCAUUAAUUACGCAUCCUCAUGUCGUUCCAAACUUGUAAGACCUUCGUUCAUCUUAGGAACACAAAUUAAGGAUGAAAUUCUUGAGAUUUCUGACUUGUUUGCACACAAGGCACAGCGCUUCUGGGUUCUGAGUCAGAAAUAUAAAUUACUUUGCUAAUUUAGUCCUGAGAGAUUUUCCUGCCCUUUUUUUAAUGUCAUAGAGAAAAGAAAACAUUUUUAAGUUGGUUCAGUGCCAUUCUUCCUGUCUGACGAUGACAGUUCUGUUAUCAAUUGAAUUAUAUACUUAAAAGUAAGUAUAUAUUCAAAAGUAAGUAUAUAUUUUUUCCCUUAUCUGAAACAAAAAAGGUAUUUGUUUUAUAAUUAAAGUAAUAAUGGAAAGCUUGGUAAACUCACCAAUUUUUUUUUUUUAACCUCUUUUACCCUUUAUCGGUAGUUUGGCAAGAAAACAUUUUUUUGUUUAUCUGUUUUUGUUGUCAUAACAAUACCUUCUUCUAAACAAAACUAGUAAGAAUGAAAUCACAACAGGAAAAAAAAACAGCUGAAUAAAUCUACUGUCUCCUUAAGGACAAAAUCAGUGUUAU